CUGCCUUUCUUCUUUAACACUGCUUACCUAAUAUGGAUUUUGCCUGACUCCCUGUGGGCAUGGACAAUAGCCCUCAGGCAACGUCUGGGUAACCCACGAAGAAAUGGAAAAUCUUGCAGCUCCAGCCAAAACGAAAGACAGUGAGGAAGGUAGCUGGGCUCAGACUCUGGCUUAUGGUGAUAUGAACCAUGAAUGGAUUGGUAAUGAAUGGCUUCCCAGCCUAGGGUUACCACAGUACCGAAGUUACUUCAUGGAAUGUUUGGUGGAUGCAAGGAUGUUAGAUCAUCUAACAAAAAAAGAUCUCCGUGUACAUUUAAAAAUGGUGGAUAGCUUUCAUCGAACAAGUCUGCAAUAUGGAAUCAUGUGUUUAAAGAAACUGAAUUAUGAUAGAAAAGAAUUAGAAAGGAGAAGGGAAGCAAGUCAGCAUGAAAUAAAAGAUGUGCUGGUGUGGAGCAAUGACAGAGUUAUACGCUGGAUACAAACAAUUGGAUUACGAGAUUAUGCAAACAAUGUGCUAGAAAGUGGUGUGCAUGGGUCACUUAUAGCCUUAGAUGAUAACUUUGAUUAUAGCAGUUUAGCCUUAUUGUUGCAGAUUCCAACACAGAACACCCAGGCACGGCAGAUUCUUGAGAGGGAAUACAACAAUUUAUUGGCACUAGGAACAGAUAGACGCCUUGAUGAAAGCGAUGACAAGAAUUUCCGGCGUGGGUCUUCCUGGCGAAGACAGUUUCCUCCUCGUGAAGUUCAUGGAAUCAGCAUGAUGCCUGGCUCUUCAGAAACGCUGCCGGCUGGGUUUCGGUUAACUACAACAUCAGGACAGUCACGAAAAAUGGCAACUGACGUUGCUUCAGCUCGGUUGCAGAGGUUAGACAGUUCUACAGUUCGCACAUAUUCAUGUUGACAUAACUAGCAUGAAAAAGAGCUCCGAGCUGAACUAAAAUGCCACCUCUUUCUUCUAUUUUACCUGAAGUGCACUACCACCAUCUUAAGAAGCUUUUUAUUCAAAGAACAGGGUAAUAGGGAAGAAAAUAUAAAUGUUUAUCAAACUAAAAUGUGUGAUCUUUUUACAUAUUUAGUUGUAAUGUGCAACCUGCCAAGUACUACUGUCACACAAUUUUUAAUCCUUUCUGUGGAGUUCACAUAAAAGUUGGUUACAAACUCUACUGAAAUGACUGAAUAAUGUGUAGCAACAAUAUUGCCCAGAUUGCACAUUUGGUGUAUACUGUAGCUAGUCCUCGCUUAAUAACCAUUCAUUUAACGAUGGUUCGAAGUUAUGACAGCCUCAGAAAAAGUGCUUUACAACCUGUAUUCGCACUUAUGACCAUGGCAAAGCAUCGCAUUCCCCCCGCGGUCACAUGAACAAGAUUUGCAACCUUUUUAUGAUCAUUAAGCGAAUCACCGCAGUCAUUAAGCGAAUUCAGGCAAAAAAUCUCCAUUGGA